ACUUUAUUGGUAACUAAUUAUUAAUUUUUUAUUAAUCACAUAAUAAAUGAAUAUCCCUUAAUUUGGCAUAGCCAAGCUAAGGAAAGAGUACCUAAAAUUUCUUCUUCAAGUUCCCCACUCCCACGUAAUUUCUCUUGAAUAGAAGGAAACUAAACUAAGCACAUUACGUGACUUAAUUACUAUAUAAUACACCACUUAACCUUACCCCUAUUAAUUAUAUCAUCCCAAAAUUCCUCAAAUGGAAAAUUGUAUUCAAAGAGGAUUAUUAGUGUUCACACAUACCUUAAACACAAAACAUCUUCUUCCAUCAUCUUUCUCUUCCUCCUCCAAAUUCCAAGCCUCAUAUCCAAACAUGUCUCUGAAACUAAACACGCAAAAUUAACCAACAUUAACAGUAAUUAGUGUUAUCAUUAUUCCAUUAUUACUGUUAUCAAUCUCAUUGCCAUGACUAUUGUAAUGAUAAUUAUCAUUCUAAUAAUCCUGCUAUUCCUGAUUCGGGUUAUGCUAUUCAAAACAGGAUUAAUCCACAGCACAAAGAAAUUGCAACAAACGUUACAAGAAAUUUUCUACGUUCAUCAGUACCUUAAAGUUCCCGAACUUAACGAGAGCAUGCAACCGAACCCACUUUACAGAAAAGUCUUUCUCUAUUUGCAUUCUCUUCCUUCAAUUGAAGAUUCUGAUUUCACGAACCUCGUUACCGGAACCAACCAAAACGAUAUCGUUUUAUGCCUCGACGCAAAUCAACUCAUAGAGGAUCAUUUUCUUGGUGCAACUCUCUACUGGUUCAACCAGAAAACCGAACCGAACCGGAAUAAUGAGAACCGGACCGGUUCGUUUUUGCUCAAGAUCAGAAAAAACGAUAAGAGGAGAAUUCUCGGGGCUUAUCUCCGCCACAUCCACGACGUCGCCGGCGACAUGGAGAGCAACGGGAAACGCGAAUUGAGGCUUUUCGUGAACGCCGGAGACGGCGAGGGAGGAGUUAGGUGGAGAUCGGUACCGUUCACGCAUCCUUCGACGUUCGAAACGAUCGCGAUGGGGGAAGAUCUGAGGAGCAAGGUGAAAUCAGAUCUGGAAUUGUUCCUCCGAGGGAAAAAGUAUUACCGGAAGCUCGGCCGAGCUUGGAGGCGGAGCUUCUUGCUGUACGGUCCCUCCGGCACCGGAAAAUCGAGCUUCGUCGCUGCUAUGGCGAAUUUCCUUGGAUACGACGUUUACGACGUCGAUCUCGAGAAUGUUCGCGGUGGCGAUUCAGAUCUGAAGCUCCUCCUCCUGGAGACGACGCCGAAAUCGAUCGUCGUCGUGGAAGAUCUCGACAAGUUUGUUGUCGCCGCGACGACGGAAUCAUCGUUGCCGGCGGCGAGCGCCACGGGGAUACAGAUGCUGAAUAUAAUGGACGGGAUUCUUAGCGCGUGUUGUGGAGAAGAGCGCGUGAUGGUGUUCACGAUGAACAGUAAGGAUGGAGUCGACCCGGAUCUGCUUCGUCCGGGUCGGGUCGACGUUCACAUUCAUUUUCCCACGUGCGAUUUCUCAUCGUUCAAGGAACUCGCGAGUAGCCACUUGGGUGUCAAGGAGCACAAGCUGUUCCCGCGCGUGGAGGAGAUUUUGGCGCGUGGGGUGAGUCUUAGCCCGGCCGAGGUCGGCGAGUUAAUGAUCGCGAACCGUGGGUCACCGAGUCGGGCCAUAAAAUCAGUAAUCGGAGCGCUAAGGCCGGAUGGCGGCGAUGGGAUCGGACGGCGGGAAAGCGCCGAUGAUGACUGUGAUGACGUUGACGGCGGAGAUGGGUGCAAUGCGGUUAAGGAUUUUCGAAAAUUGUAUGGUUUGUUCAAAUUAAGAAAUGGGAAAAGAUCUCGACCGUCAAAUAAUACAUUGGUCCAUGAUUAGAUGAUAGAUCAUACAUCAUACGUGUACAAAUAUUUUUUUGCCGGAAGCAUAGGUAAAAUAUACCUAGUUGCAUUGGCAUGGUCAUUGGUGAAAAUUUUAUGUAUGGAUUAAGUUAUAUAAAGUUUUCAUGUAAGUUUAGGUCAUAGGGAAUUAUUUGUUUCAUACAUACAUACAUACACAAUUAUUUGAUUGGAAAGGGAUUCAAUUGUUCAUAGAAUCAUGGUUAAGUUGGAUCUUGUUAGUGGUUUUGGGCAUAUUGGGAUGGCUGUACAGUGGGAAAGAAUGUAAAUGGAUUUGGGAUAGGAGAAUAUGCUAUAUGCUAUGAGGAAUUAUACAACCAUAUGUCCAUAUGAAUGGCUUUGCUUUACUUGUAUCAUUAUAGAUGAAAAGUGAAUCCAUUGAAUCCAAGUGCACUUUAGUUUA